CAACGUGCUUGGAUUCUCUUGUGAAUACAAAUGACUCCAGCGAAGUAGUUUAUAAAUUUCACGCGACGAUACUCGUCCAUUCAGUAUGCCACAAAACUACUUAUAACUAUAAUGAAGAUCAUCUUAAGCGUUCUUCUGGCGUGCAGUUUGGCGGCAGCCGAAAUACCACCCCCUCAGUCACCGAGAGCUUUCAAUCCGAGCCCACAACUGUUUCGGUUUUCGCAACCCCAACAACUCAGUAGUUCAUUGGCGGUAGAUCUCCCUCCCAAAGUUACGAUCGAGCAACUCAUCCGCCUCACCGAGCAACUGCAAGGUUCAAAAUUAAAGCUACCGAGCACCUCUUACGGAACACCUCCGCGAACAAGCUACGGGGUACCCAGCAAGCAAAUAUCGACGUAUCCUUCCCAAUAUAGACCACCAGCAACCGAACUCGUUCCAAACAAGCAAAUAUUGCCGGUCCACAACAUACCUGGCACGCUCAACAGCCAACAACCCCAAUCUCAGUAUGGACCACCUCAAAAUAGGCCUUCGAAUCAGUACGGAUUGCCAAACAACAAAAAUUUGGAAACUUUUGAUAAAGUACAAAACAACCCUGGACAAGGGAACCUUUUGAAUGGAUUUACCACCCAACACUUACCCAUUCAAGGACCCGCCGAUUUUUAUUCCGACUUUGGGGGUUUGGGCCAGUUACAGUCGAACCCGCAACAAAUCGCGAGCCAACCUGGUCAAAAUUAUAUUCCACCUACGACAGCUAGAACUCCGUAUUUCGCUACCCAGGCUCCGUUGCCCAUUUCCACCGUCGCAUCAUCCGUUCCCGAUGGUGGAAACGACAACCAGGCUACGGAAUCUACAGAUGCAGACGGUAUCGAUGAUCCAAACGUAUCGGUAGCUACAGCGGUCGCAGGAGGUAGCGGAUUGUUUUACGUUCAGCAGCCUGACGGUCGGCUGCAGAGGGUGGUCUUCCAGAAGACAAAAGAUAUUAACAGCAAACCAGAGGAAUAUACGGCCAAUUAUUACUUUCAAAAUAUCCACGCGUUACCGAAUACCGUCUACAGUCCACUUAUAACUUUGGGACGAAAAUAAUGUACACCAUUAGUUUGUAGUUAAUAAAAAGUUCACUUAUUUUUGUUCGAGCAAUCAAUCGAUGUGACUUAGCGAUGCUGUAAAACUUUUUGAUUAAUAAAAGCGAAUGGAUUCAGGGAACGAAAGAGAAAGAACAUUAACAAAUGAACUGGUUUGUAUGGUGUGUAGGUACUAACGAACCGUAUCUAAUCAUUCGUUCACCUGCGCAAGCGUUUACUAGGCAGUACAUCAAAAGAGAAUUUCGAGCUAUUUGUUCAGUCUGUUUCAGUCUGUGCGUAUGUAAGGUGGUACGGAAUGUUAUUCGUUGAAUUUUUAAUUUAGAUUUAGCUCCUAGAAGAACUGGUGUUUCGAAACAGUAAACACAUUGGAAUCUCAGAGACUAAAAGAAUUAUAGAGUUGAUCAACUUUUUCGUCGAUUUUACCGACUCUUUAUUUCAUUGUAGUUUCCGACAUUUCAAUGAUAGUAUAUACACAAUACGACUCAGUAACUAGUCACAAAAUUACGAAAAUGACGUUAUAUAUGACGUCAGCAAGACGUUAAUUUAACCUACUAAUAUCUUUACAUCAAUUAGUGUCGUCAAUUUUUAUCAUUCAAGUCUCGGCUUUUUUACGUCAACUUGAAUUGUCAACUUUUGUCAUUUAAGUGACGUCAAUUUAAAGUCAUUGGUCAUUGGUCAUUACUGCCGAAAUAUAUAUCGAUU